AUGACUCGACACGUCUUUACCGAGCAAGAGGUGCGGCUGGCAGCAGAACGACGAAUUAAAUACAUUGGUGCAGCUAAAGUCAGCAUCCGCCAGAUUCAAUUCGAACCUCCCUUACCACGGGACUUGGACCCUAAAAAUCUGGACCGGCUACGAAACAUUUUCCGUAAGAAUCGCUGUCGCCGCCUAGAUGUCCAAAACCAUGUUCCCGCGACCGUGUCUCGACAUAACCUCGCGGAGGCAUUGGAGAAGGCGAAUGUUCCACAGGAAUCCUUGCUGACAACUGAAGGUCAACAUAUUCCUCGGCUGGAAUUUAUGGCGGGGCAACUUCGGGGUCUCCAUGGCCGUCAUCGUGUACAAGCUGGUGUUGAGGUACUUCCCCCGGCGGAUCGCUGGUGGACGGUUGAUCUCUACAUAGACGACAUCGGCCAAGAAUUGAGAGCCGCAUUGGUGGAUGAAUAUUCCAAUCAAAAGAAGCCGACCGACGGGGAAGUCUAUCGCAAGAUCAGACAGUAUGAAGGCGAGGGUAACGAAGCUUUCCGAGAGCGAUGGUUCGUGAGACUGUCGCCCAGCAAUCAAGAGCGCUUGGAUCAACUUGACAAUAAAAAGAACCGUCGUCUCCGGCAUGCAUUUGACCGAUUGUUGGCGAUUCCCGGGCUUUGGCCGGGCGGGAUGAGAAUCAGCCUACUUCAUCGAUUGAUCGCUUCGGGCUGCAUUGAGGAGAUAGGAACCUAUUUUGGACACAUCUUGGCUUUCUGGUCUUCUCUGGUCGGAUCGGAUCGGCGUCUGAUGAAGAAAAUCGAUCAGGAUACGGUUCACACCCUGCAGUUACUGGCACCAGGUAAAUCACGCACUGAUGAAAGGAAGGCAUGCGGGCUGGUUCUCAGUGGACAUGUGUUUGCCGAAUUCAGUGCUAAUGAGCGAAAUGCUAUAUGGGCUAAAAUGAAAGAUUUUAAUGGUCUCAUCCCGUCCUUGUACACUUUCUUUGAGGAUUUCAAGUAUCUAGAGAGUUGCGCUCACUGUCUGAAGCGGCUCUUGGGUCCAUCACCCCGAUCUGUGAGGGAAGCCAUGAGCUCGAUCUUUGAUCUAGACUCGGAGUCUGAGGAUGAUCACCGAGAGAAAAGGGAGUGUAUCAUUCAGACGUCGGAGUCUACCUUUCGACGCCUUCAUGUGACCGAGACAGAAUGCCUCGAGACAGGAUACCAACAAUUAUGGCUGUAUGCUAUGCGACAUUAUCCUUUGAUGCCCCCGGACCCCAAGAACUCUGAUGAUCUGUUGGCCAACCCCACUCGCGCCAAGCCGGACCCGCGCGCGAUCUACGACAUGGCCCAUCUUGCUCAUCAGCUCGGGUUUAGGUCCCCAGAAAUUGAUGGGCUGCUGAAUAGUUCUCCGGAUCACCAAAUUGCACGAUCUGCCCUUCUCAAGGCCCGAAAGCCAGGCCAGUUUAGAUACGAUGACCGGCACUUUGAUAUUCUGGUGCGCCGGAUUGUAGAUUGUUUUAUUGAAGCUGUGCCCGAUCAGCCCGGUCCCCCGCGAGAUCUUUUGGCAGACAGCACCGUCAAGGCGCACGCUCGCUCUGGGGCUCCGCAGACCCGCACCCAUGUGCAAGAUGCCCCUUUGUUGUUCUUAGAUCGAUUGCAUGCUGAUGUCGAUGUCGCCGACACAAUCACUAGCUUUUUUGUUCGGCGUUGUGUCUUUUUCGCUUUUUUGGGGAAGUCGCCAAGGGUUGAUCCCAUCAAUAACAGAAGAUGCGGCGAUUUGAAUGCAGACCAAGGGAUAGAAGAGGAGGUGGAAUCGCCGUUGUUUGUUGAAAAGGACCGUGUUCCGGGCUUGAAUACGUCUGCACGGUACAAGGGCGCGUCAAGCAGGUCAUCUCUUCUCGGAAGGAGCAACACUUCAACACGCCAGCUACUCUCUCGUGAGAUCGGCAAUUCAGAAACUACACCUGAGCCUAUGGAAUUAGAUCUUCUGGAGCCAGCUCAAGAUCAGGAAAUCUUUGAUCAGAGAAGUCCAUCGGAUGGAGAUCACUCUACUCCCAGAGGGUCACUGAGCGAAUCAGUGCUGGAAAUAAUCCCUUCUCGCUACUCGCCUGGGACUAAUCCAGAGCUUGGAGAUGCUAGAAGUGAAUGCACCCAGAUCUCGUUGGAAACCGUCUCACUCGAAUGGAGUCAGGGCGAGCGAGCAACAGGAGAGGAACCCAGUCCAGACACUGGAUCUGCGCUCGGAAUUGCUGAUCCUGCAGCACAGCGACGACGUUCCUCAGAAACGGUAAUAUUGUCAGAAGAGAUCCGGGCCUCUAGGUCUGAAGAAUUAGAAACUUUUCUCGAUGGCCUGAGGAGGGCCCAAGUGGAGCAAGAGGAGUUGGAAAAAAGGAUGGAGAGCGACCGGCUCAAUGAAGAGCUCAAUAUGCUCUAUCAUAAUCAAGCUUCACCCAGAGACUUGCUUCAAUCAGGUCACACUCAGAAUUUGUUACUGCCAAUCUCUGCUGAUCAGCAAGCGGAAGCAACAAACAGAGAGGCCGAGCACAUCCGAACAAGAAAUGCCGACCCCAAUUGCCAAGCAUCUACACAACGGCUUAUAGAUAUCAAGUUCUGGUCACUCGAACGAGGUCAGUGGAAUCAAUCAGACUGUCUCCUCGUAGACCCAUCCAACCCCUCACCUAUAGAGCGGCUCGCACGAAAGUACUCAUGCAAAGGAUAUACACUCUACGAUGUGAACCUCAAGAGCCUUCGUCCAGCCCAUUGUUACCGCGCAGCAACAGCGGAUGAUACCAAUGCGAUCUUCUUGAUUUCCGCCCACGAAGAGAAAUCCAUUGCGGCUACAGAAGGAAUAGGGAAGGAGGAGAAACUGAUUUCAAUGGCCGCUCGCGUUGUGGGACGUGCAGGAGAGCGAUGA